AAUGCCUUAUUGAGACUUUAUAAUGGCAGCUUUGCUGCUGCUGCUUCAUCAUUUGUCCAGACCAUAAAGAUGUCAUAAAUUGACAGAGGAAGAACGUGGGGGUGAAUCGUUUUGUGUUUGCUGCAUGAGGAUAACUCUGGAGAGGGCUCUGCGCCAUCUUGCUUUGACGUUAUCCACCACUGGUGACUGAACAGACUGACAGUGGAUUCUGUUAGGCCAGCCAGGGAAGUACAUCCCUCCAUCCCAAGCUCUAUCGGUCUUUGUCUUCAUCUCUGGAGCCUCUGCAGGUCCAGCCUAUCCUGAGGAUGCUGGUGUUAGGCAGCGAGGAUGAGCUCCAGGUGCUGAAGAACAACCUAAAAAGUUACUUCCCUGAAUCUCUGAAGGUCUAUGGAGCUGUGCUGAAUGUCUGUCAGGGAACCACUUUUCAUCAGGAGAUACUGGUGGAUUCCUGGCCCAGCUUCCAAGUUGUCAUUGCACGGCCUCAGAGAGAGAAAACAUCUUCAGAAAUGAACUACUUUACCCAGUCUUGUGCAGUUUUCUAUAAGGAUCUGGGUGCCUAUGAGAAAUUGGUUAAAGAUACUGAUGCCAUCAAUUGGAAACAAGAAUUCUUACUUCAAGGUCUUCAGGAUGGCGUGUAUCAGACGUCUCGGAGUCUUGCUGCUGCAAAGCAUUUCUCUGCAAAGCUGGUGACACGAAGCCAGGUUUUUGUUCUGCAGAACCCCCUGCAUUUGUCUACUUCCGCAGCCACGUCAGGGUUAGAGCUGAAACUCUCAUCCCUCAACACCACUCAUGCUGCCCUAUUGAAUGAGACCUGGAGCAUAGGUGGCAAUGAGCAGAGCCUCCAGUAUCUUACUUGGCUAAUCAACUGCUUCCCUAGUAGCUGCCUUCUGGAUGCUGGAGGAUGUCCUGUCUCUUGGGUCCUGCUGGAUCAGUUUGGGUGUCUAACCCACGCCUAUACCAUACCAGCGCACCGUGGCAAAGGCCACAUUCAGCGGGUGAUAGCAGCACUGGGCAAAAAGCUACAGGGCCUGGAUUACCCUGUGUAUGGCGUUGUUCUGGAAGACAACGCAUCUAUGCAGAGGGCCCUACAAUGCCUGGAAGCCUUCUUCACUAGUUGCUUUCUGUUCUAUGACCUGCAUACACCCACUCCUCUGCUGCGAUAGGCUCCUUAAAAGCGCAGGCAAUGAAAAACAAACAACCCUGAGUGGAUAAAAAUAGAUGAUUUAACUAAGUUAAUUCAUUUUUUUCAAAAAUUGUAAACAUGAACUUUCUCUUAAUAACUAGGUUAAUAUUAAGUGAUCUGGCAGUCAGCAUAUUGACCCUACAGUUAAUAUCUAAAGGGAAUCAAUACCUCUCCAGCUACAUUGGACUGGGUCCACACCUCAAAUAAGUUGCCAGCAGAUGAGGAAUGGGUUUGAUCUUGUUAUUCCACCUCAUCCAUCUGUGCUCCUGGAAAAGUUGUCUCUGAGCAUUGGUGGGCCCUCCAAAAAAAUGUGGAAAGUAUUAGCAGAAUCCACAAUUGAUUGAUCCAAAUGACUGUUAAGGUAUGUGCUAUACAAUGUUUGACUUUUAAAACCAGAAAAUUCCAAUUAAAGUAGAAAGCAUUUAUCUACAUUGGUAAAAUGUACAAUUGGCUUGGGGACCAGCAGAUAAUGAUACAUAGUUUCCAGUAUUCAACACAAGGAGGGCAUUUCCAACAGGAUGCCACAAGGCCUGUUGUUACGGCCCAUUUGUUACUUUUUAUCAUUGUUAAAAGGCAGUUUCAAGUAACUCAAAUUUUAUUGACAAAUAGCUGUGCUAGAGCAACUAUACAGUAUUGUCUGGGGAAUUUUAUUUUAUUUAAAACCAUCCCAGCAACAAUGGAUCUGGAUGUUAUGGAUCUGGAUGUUCUAGGAGUCAGGAGCAAGAAGUCCUACCACCAGGUCUGGGGGGACACACACACUUGCAUAGUACCUAGUAUGUUGUUAGAGUUCACCGGGAAAUUAUACAGAUGUGUGUGUGACCUUACUAUUUCUGAGUAAUUUUCUGCACAAUAUUCACUCCUAUCCCCUUUAUGCAUUUAGACAAAGCGUCUCCAAUUUGGAAAUCCAAAAUAUCUGGAGGGCACAACUCCCAGCCAUCCAAACCAGCAUGGAUAACAGUGAGGGAUGAUGGGAGUUGUAGUCCAACAACAUCUGGAGGGCACCCUACUAAUGAAGACCGAUAUAGGGUAUUGGAAACGUAAACAUCUCACCUGUGUAUAUUGUAAACUGGCCCCAUGAGUGUAGUGCAGACAGCUUCUUCUCUAUUCCUGCUUGCUUUUGCUCUUGCCUUUCAUGACAUGCAGCAUUGAUCCUCUCCAUUACAGCAUUUACAUUCAUCUAUACUAUAUCCAUUCGGUCAUGUACUAGUGCAAUCUACUUCAUUCGUCUCCUAAGAAAUGGCUAAUUUACUGUAACCCACAGAGCAACUCCUAAAUGCCAUCUAGAGAGGGCUAAGGUAAGGACUAAGAAAGGAGAAAAAUGUGGUUGGAAAUGUAACUUUUUCCUAUAGUUUGUAAAAAAGGUUGCAUACACCUGUCUAAAAGCUCAAGACAACAGAUGAAUAUGGCAAACCACCACCACCAUCUUCCAUAAGCUGGCACUCCUUGUUGGAGUUAUUUUCAAGGGCUAAGGGAGCACCAGCUUGGAAAUCCUCAUCAUACAAUAUAAAUGCCUUAUUGAGACUUUAUAAUGGCAGCUUUGCUGCGCUGCUUCAUCAUUAUGAACAAUUCUAUUAUUAUCUGCCAGCAAUAACGAAUGGGCUGGUGGGGUGCAAGCUGCUUCCCCAGUGGUGUGCCAGGUGCUGCAUGGAGCACAAAAGUGACCCUAAUCAAACCCAGCUGAGUCUCCCUUUUGUUGUAUUCAAAUGAUUGUAAAGCAGAACCAUGAUGUAUUAAAUGAGAAUAUGUUUGUUUUUCAAAUGUGUUAAUAGCCAGUAAAUGGAGCA